AUGGCAAAAUUGUAUGUGCAGGCGGUGCCGACUACGGAUCUGAAUCGGAACACGGAGUGGUUCACGUACCCCGGCGUAUGGACUAUCUACAUCCUAAUACUGUUCUUCUCGUGGCUGGUGGUGCUCUCUGUUUUCGGUUGUUCUCCCGGCAUGGCCUGGACAAUUGUCCACCUCUCUCAUUUCGUCGUUACAUAUCAGUUCUUUCACUGGAAGAAGGGAACACCAUUUGCGGAAGACCAGGGUGUCUACAAUAGGUUGACUUGGUGGGAACAAAUAGAAAAUGGCAAGCAGCUCACUCGCAAUAGGAAAUUCUUGACUGUGGUCCCUGUUGUGCUGUAUUUGAUAGCCUCGCAUACAACAGACUAUCAACACCCUAUGCUCUUCUUCAACACGUUAGCAGUUUUCAUUCUGGUUGUUGCCAAGUUCCCACAUAUGCAUAAAGUUCGUAUUUUUGGAAUCAAUGCCGAUCAAUGA